AUGCUUAAUGUCACUAAUAUCUACGGGCAGGAGAACUUCGAGCUUGUUCAUUAUGCCGAGAACUCGCUCAAGGCGCUGGCCAUAUUCGAGCGCGACCGCGACUAUGUUGUGCAGAACGGCGAAGUCGUAAUCGUAGAUGAAUUCACGGGACGGCUCAUGACGGGGAGGCGCUACUCCGACGGUCUGCAUCAGGCGAUCGAAGCAAAAGAAAACGUCAAAGUGCAACGCGAGUCUGUAACCUACGCCACAAUAACGCUGCAGAACUACUUCAGGCUCUACAAUAAGCUGUCAGGCAUGACGGGCACGGCUUCCACAGAGGGCGAAGAGUUCUGGAAGAUAUACAAGCUUGAAGUCGUAGAGAUUCCCACCAAUAUGCCGAUGAUUCGGCAGGACGAUCAGGACCUGAUCUACCCAAAUCAAGACGCCAAAUACCGCGCCGUCGUGGGUGAGAUCAAAGAGCGCAGCCGCGCCGGGCAGCCCAUCCUUGUAGGCACUACCGACAUUGACAAGUCUGAGAUGCUCAGCGACAUGCUCCGCAAGGCAGGGGUGGCGCACGAAGUCCUGAACGCCAAGCAGCACGAGCGCGAGGCGCAGAUAAUAGCUCAGGCCGGUCGUCCCGGCGCAGUGACAGUCGCCACAAAUAUGGCGGGACGCGGCACGGACAUCAUUCUUGGCGGCAACCCUGAAACCCUAGGCGGUCUGUUCAUCCUAGGCACCGAGCGCCACGAAGCGCGUCGCAUCGACAACCAGCUCCGCGGACGUUCCGGCAGACAGGGCGACAUGGGUCAAUCACGCUUCUAUGUCGCGCUUGAUGACGAACUUAUGCGGCGCUUCGGCGGCGACACCAUCAAGCGCUUCAUGGGCUGGGCUAUGGAGGAAGAGGGGCACAUCGAGAGCAAGGCAGUCAGCAAGGCCAUCGAAUCGGCGCAGGUCAAGACCGAAGCCUUCCACUUUGACAUCCGCAAGCAUCUCGUCGAAUAUGACGAUGUCGUCAACACCCACCGAGACGUAAUCUAUGGGGAGCGGGAGAAGCUUCUCGGCGGCGCCGACCUCAAGGCAAAUAUGGUCUCCAUGGUCGAGGCGAAUCUCGUGGAGAUGCUGCAGCAGUAUCUCUGGAAUACGGAAGCCCUUGUAAGCGAGCUCAGCGGCAUUAUGCCCUUGCCGCCCGAAUUCAGAGACCCUGACGACAUGCGCGACUACUCCACCGAAGAGAUAGAGGAAGGUGUGUUGGGACACGCCUCUUUCCUGUACGAGAAGGUUGAGGACGAACUCGGCGCCGACGAAAUGCGCAACCUGGAACGCCAUGUGAUGCUGCGUGUCAUCGACAGCAACUGGGUGCAGCACCUUACGGCGAUGGAGAACCUGAGGCAGGGCAUCGGUCUCCACGCAUUCGGACAGCGCGACCCGCUCGUGAUGUACAAGAAGGAAGGCCACGAGAAGUUCCAGGAAUUGCAGUCCCGCAUCCAGCGCGACAUCGUGCAUGCAAUCUACAACAUCGGCGAUAUGAUGCAGCAGAACGCCCGACUUAAUGGCAGCAACAAGGGCAACGCGAACGCCAACGGUCGCCGCCAGAGAUCGAACGGGGCAUCAGAGCGCGAUAACGCCAGUGUGAUGACCAACGUCGUUUCCAACCAGCGCGAAGCCGUCCCCGCGGGCAGCCGCAAAGUCGGGCGCAACUCACUCUGCCCUUGCGGAAGCGGCAAGAAAUACAAGCGCUGCCACGGCGCAUAA